AUGACCUUCCAACAAGAGGCUGCAUCAUGGAUCUUCCCAUCCCGGCUCUCCACAUCUCCCAUACCAUCCAUUGCCGUUAACGCCCCGUCCACAUCAAAGCUCCCACUUCCCAACCCCAAUGUGAAUCCCACAAUUAUUACCUUCCUCCGCCACUGCGGGUGCCCCUUCGCCGAAAAGACCUUCCUAUCCUUUCGUGCGGCGGCCUCCGCGCACCCAUCCAUCAACUUCGUCGCCGUCUCCCACAGCGAUCAGUCCGCCACGAACAGAUGGCUCGAAGCCGUUGGCGGCGCCGACCAUGUCCGCAUCAUUGUGGACAGUGAGAGGGAGCUAUUUGCACGUUGGGGUCUGGGCUGGAAUAGGCCUACGGAGAGUGGGAGUAGAUGGCAAACUAGCGGAAGCUUUGCUGUGAAUAGAAACGGAGUGCUCAGAUGGGGAGGGGCUGCUGAGAGGGCUGACUUGAUACCGGACUUUGAGGAAGCUGUGAAGGCCGUGGAGGAAUGA